GCGGCGGCGGGCCGAGCCUCACGGUACCGACAGGGCGGGCGGACGAGCGAGGCCCCCGGGGUGUGGAGAAGCUGAGGGCGGCCUGAGGCGGCAGAGGGGGGGGAGGGGCUCCGCCCGUCAGGCCAACGCCGCCGCCGUUUCCGCCGAGGCGCUUCGGGCCCAGAAACUUAUUGAAAACCAUCAUGGAGCGAUUUGUAGUAACAUCCCCUCCUACUCGCAACCGUUCUAAGACUGCCUUGUACGUAACUCCCCGGGAUCGUGUCACUGAGUUUGGAGGUGAAUUACAUGAAGACGGAGGGAAACUAUUCUGCACUUCCUGCAAUGUGGUACUGAAUCACGUUCGCAAGUCUGCCAUCAGCGACCACCUCAAGUCCAAGACUCACACGAAACGGAAGGCGGAAUUUGAAGAGCAGGGUGUGAGGAAGAAGCAGAGACCCCUGACAGCUUCUCUUCAGUGCAACAGUACUGCGCAGACAGAGAAAAUCAGUGUUAUCCAGGACUUUGUGAAAAUGUGCCUGGAAGCCAACAUCCCCCUCGAGAAGGCCGAUCACCCAGCCGUUCGUGCUUUCCUGUCUCGCCACGUGAAGAACGGUGGCUCCAUACCUAAGUCAGACCAGCUAAGGAGAGCGUACCUGCCCGAUGGAUACGAAAAUGAGAAUCAGCUCCUCAACUCACAAGAUUGUUGACCUGGAGGUGACAUCGUUGUGAGCAAGGCAAAUGAUGUGGAGUAUUAAAGUUAUGUAUUGAUUGUGUGGUUCAUUUUUAUAUUUAUUUCAUUAAAAUCAUGUGAUACUGAAUAGUUUUGCAACGUGUAUAUAGCUGAGAAAGUGACAACCUCACUGCAGAACUCAACUGAACUGUCACCAGUGACAGCUGCCUGAACUUAAGUUUUUAGUGUGGUAGAACACCUGAAACCAGACAGUUACCUAAAAUUGAUGGUUUCCCCUCAGAAAGCUUAUGCAUAGAAGACCUCUUCUAACUUUCUUUUCGAUCUGUUAUGGCAUGUUUUUAAUGUUCCCUGAUUUGUGGGGGUGGGGGUGAGCACGGUGACAAAGAAAAAGAGCAUAGAAAACUGUUGAAGCUACUGUUGGUAAAAAUGUUUGUGCUUUGAGCAACCUCGAAUGGAACGGAAAUAUGAACUACUGGUGCCUUUGGUUUUUAUCAGUUUCAAGUGAUAGACUUCAGGGCACAGGUGCCCACUCUUUAUGGGUCAAGACCCACACAGUUUUUUGAGCUGGACAUCCAGCCGUGGUCAUCCCAGGUCUCCAACAAGCCUUGAGAGCUUCCAGUCAGGACCGUCAGGGUCCAAAAUAUUGGCUCUCUAGUGUCUUGGAUUGAUGGAGCCGGUCUCUUCCUAGUCCUCAUCCUUCCUUCAUUCCUUGCUCCCUUUUGCCCCCGCACCCCCUCCAUAAUAAGAAAAGUCGGCACCUCUGCCUCAUGAUGGUUGUAGGCUAUCUUUUCUACUUCGCUCCUUCUUUUCCUCCUUGCUUCUAGAUUUUGUUUUAGUGGUACCUAUUAAGUGACCAAAGGACUGACAUGUUCAUUUUAACAUGUGCCAAAAACCAGAGAGAGUUCUCGGCCUAAAUUCUGAAUGCCAGUCAAGUUGAAUACACUAUGAUAGUUUGGACUCUACUGCAUAAAGCCCCGUAUACAAGCACGGUCUUUUUCCAUCUACCUUAUCUGUCCGUUGGCUCUGCAAAAGCUUUUUUGCUUAGUGUCCAAGUUAUGGGUGAGUGGAAAGGCAGGCUUGGCGUUUUCAUUUAACUGGUGAAGGUUAAUUAUCUUGUUACAGAAUAAUGUUACCCUGAGAAACUAACACUCUAUCUCUAGCCUGUGAUUCAGUUCAUACAGAAAUUGACCUGAUUCAGUUAGCUUUUCCGUUUUUGACCUUACCCAAGUCUAUACAACCUAGAAAUAAGUGAACUUCCCUAAGAGUUACUUUCAUAUAAAACAUUGCUUUAGGUACUGCAAGGGUUUUUCUGCCAUUGAUUGGAAAUUUAAAAAUGUAUUUGUUUGGCAACAGCCUAUCAUGCAUAAAUGUGUUGGGGGAAAUGUCCAUCUGGAAAACGAUCUGCCACGUGCAGAAGUUUGUUCUCUUGAGCCUAAAUAUCUAUCUCAGCGAGACUGUCAAAAUUGCUAAGCAGCACUUCUGUAGACUCCACAUGCAAGCCACCGGACAGCUGGAGUGUAACCUUUUUUUUAAGUUAACCACCCGCUAAUUUAAGCUGCUAUUGUUUUGAAAGCCCCCUUAAAUUGCUUCAAGAUAUAUGUUAGAAACGCAUUUGCGGAAUUAUAUCACUGCUCAUAUAUCGAAAUGAAAGUGAAAGUGUUCUCUCUGCUUUCACAGUGUACACAUUUUACUGAUCUAGGAAAUACACUCUGUGAAUGUUGAAAUCUAACUCUGUAAGGAAGUGCUGUCGAGUCGCUAAUCCGUUCAGAAAGGUCCUCAUAAUUUUUCUAUAGAACAAUAGUGUUUCCCACAAAAUGAACAUACUCCCUUGCAAAAAAAAAAAAAGUGUAGCACUUACAUGACUUCCAUAUUCGCUUUCGUCCCUCACUCCUAAUCUGUGGUGAGCGGGCGCAACGGGUUUUCCGAGCAGUGCUAUCUAUUUAUGAAGCACACAUUAAGAACUUGACUAACCUGUGUGUUUUUAGUUCAUUUUGGUAGGUAGUUGUGUUUCUUUUGGAGCAUCUAAGAGGACCCUACAUAAAUCCGAGAGACGGAUGAACGUCCUAAAGCACUGCUUUUUAAAAGUCUUUUCAAAGGACGAAAUAGGAAAAUAGGCUUCUUGCUAAUGAUAUGUAAAUCCGUGUAAUUUUUGUUCCACUCAGUUUUUCAGUGUUCAUUUUACUUUGAAGGCAAACUAGUAGUGGCAGCAAACUUUAGGAGUUAGUCCUACGUUGAAUAGCUUGAUAGUGCUUCCAUUGCAAGUGCAGUCAGCAGGUAACAUUACAGUUACAUGUUACUCUAUUAUUGUUACUCAUUGCUAAUUAAGUGAUGUUAUUAUUUUUCUUUAAGUGAUUGCCCAUAUUUUGAUGCACUUUAGGCAUCAAAACCAUCAUUAAUUGCAUUUAUCAUAUUUAGGGUCAGAGCCCAUCUACCUGUUCCAAGGAUUAUGGGAAUGUACCUUUUGAGGCCUUUUCUUUUUUUAUCUUUAAAUGAUAGUUAAUGUUUUUAUGAUUAAGAAUUUUUUUUCCUCUUGAGACCGAUUUACAUGGUCUCGGGGCUUAUAAAAAAUGUAAGGUAAAUUGCUAAAUGUUAACUUUUCCAAAGCUGGUUCCAGUCAGUGAAACCACUGUUCGUGUAAUGGAUAGAAUAAAGAGGAAAUAUCUGAAAGCCGCCUCUGAGGUGUAUUGGAGGUUUUCUACAGUUCUUUCAACUUUAACUAUGUAGUGUUAGUGUAAUGCUAUACUCUUGAAGAAAUAGCCUUUUUCUAUUUCGUAAAUUGUAUGCAUACUAUAAGGGUGGCUAAUGUUUCAUUUACAGACUGCCUUGAAGACAAGCUUACCUGUGAAUAGUAAAUGUUUCUAAAGUAUGAUAGUAUGUCUUCCAAAAAUUCAUUGUAUGCUUAUAAUAAAUUGUUUACAUAUCGUUUAGAAAGUAAAAUUCGCCAUAGGGUUUCUGAUUCUGCAGGGAAUAAAGGAAAGCCGGAAGGUUCUGUAAACAUUUCUUAGAAGGGGAAACUUUAGGAGGCUUGCAAAUGGUAAAGAACCUGAGUGUUGAUAGAUGUUUUUUAAAUGACCACCACUGAACCUUCUGCAAAUGCCAUUUCUCAAAUAAUGUUUUUAACAUUAUUUAAAUGGUUUAAGAGGUUUAUAAACUGGGAUCAGAACAAAAUUUCCUUCAAAAUUCUGCACUUCACCCAAGUUCAAAUUCAGUAGAUUAGUCGAUGAUUUGAGCUUGGUUUUUUUGACAUCUGAAAAAGCUAAUCUUUUUCCACAGGCGGUACUGGCAAGUAUUUUGGAGAGAAAUUUUCCAUAUCUGGCUGAUUUUGAAAGUGCGUUAUGUGGGGAAAAAACUGUGCAAGUGGCCCCCAAAUUUUUUAAAUCAAAUAAUUUCAUGAUUAUUUUACUUUGGUCUCUCUUGAAUCCUGCAUUUUGCCACCGCCCCCCGCCCCCCCCGUGAUCAAAAAAAUCGCUUGAAUGCAUCAACCUAAACUAGUCAGAAACAGUUGCUUAAAUUUGCAGUUGAACUUCCAAUGGAAAGCUUUUUGGCUUAAAGUAACAACUACAAAUGUUUCUAUUUUGGUCAUUAAUAAAGUGAAUAGAGAAGUGGCUUUCUUAAACCCUGGUCUCUUUUAUGCCAUACUAUCAUAAGUUUCUGAAGGAAAUACAACUCUUAAUGAUAUUCUACUCAUAUUCAGAGUACUGUACUAAUAGUUUACUAUGUUCAUUUUGUAUUCAGUGCUAUACUUUCUUUGCUCAUGCAUGUAUCCUGAGUAUUAAUGUCUAUGUCGCUUUUAAAGUUUUGUCGGUCUGUGACUUUUAGAAAUAAAUUUUUUUUAAAAAAAUGUAA